UAUGGAAUAAAAGGAAAAUUAAUAAAAUCCUCAACAGAAAAAAUAAAAAUGGCGGUUACAUUUCAUUUAAUUCAAUUUUCUCUGAUACCAAACACGGCCUUCUUUUCCCUUUCUUCUUAAGACGCUCUUAAACUAUUUUACAAAUGAAGCUGAUGACGGACGGAAACGCCAUUUCUUCCGCCGUCAAGCUUGAUUGUUUUAAAUGACGAAACCAUUCUCCCCUUUCCUUUUCGCCGUUAGUUUCUUCACCGUUAUCUCCUUCCCGCCGUUAACCCAUGCUCUGGGUUCUGGUUCAACGUUCGCCGUCGCUUACGCCACCGCCACCGUAUGCGCCAUCGUAGCAGCCCAACCAUCUCAGCGCAUUGUCUGUUACCGCGCCGGCAACGCUUCCUCGUUUGCGGUUUCCGUCCUCCCUAACAUCUCUUACUCCACCGUCGCUGGUGGCCGAACGAUCAUUUGCGCCGUCCGUUCCAAUGGUAACAGCCUCCUGUGCUGGGAAACAAACGACCCAACAUUUCCAGUUAAACGCUUGUACUACAACGAUACCUUUUUGCUAAAAUCCCUCGCAAUCGGCGACGGAAAGAUUUGCGCAACGUCGACGAAUGCGACGUCAUCUGUAUCUUGCUGGAGACCCAUCGGAAAUAAUGGAAAUAACAAGGAUGAGUUACCCAAUGCUAAUUACACCAUGGGUAAAAUCACAUCCGGGUUUGGGUUUUCAUGUGGGAUCGUUUUGAGUGAAAACAACAGGGUUUCUUGUUGGGGAAGUAACUCAAUAGGCAAAACCAUUGAAGAACAAUUUGGGAACAUGUCAAUUUCAAAUAUCGAAGCUGGGUUUUCCCAUGUUUGUGGAGUGAACUCAGUUGGUGAUUUGCUUUGUAAAGGAGAUAACUCAAAUGGCCAAUUAAAUGUUCCUUUAAACAAAGGUUUAACUUUUGUUUCUGGGUUAGCUCUUGGUGAUGGUUUUAGUUGUGCAAUAAGGAGAUCAAAUGGUACAGUUGUGUGUUGGGGUUCCAUGAAUGAAUCCGCCAUUGAAGGUAUCGAGAUGGAAUCCGUUGUUGCAGGUUUAAAUUUUACUUGUGGAUUAACCACUAGGGAUUUCUCCAUUGUUUGUUGGGGUCCUGGAUGGCCUUUAAGCAAUGGGUCAGCUUCAAAUUCUUCUCUAAUGGAGUUGCCUUUUGGAGCUGAGAUUUUACCAGGGCCUUGUCUUCAAUCUUCUUGUAAUGAGUGUGGAUUAUAUCCUCAAUCAAGCAGGCUUUGUUUUGGCAAUGGUAACAUUUGUAAACCUUCACCCUGUUUCAAUUUCACCACUCCAUCACCGCCAUUACCGGCGUCACCUCCACUUCCAGUGGUUACGACGCAGUCCUCUACGUUGAGGAGAGGGUUAUUGGCUUUUGUCAUAGUUGGAUCAGUAGGAGGUUUUAUGGGGAUUUGUAGUAUUAUUUACUGUUUAUGGACUGGUGUUUGUUGUGGUAGAAAGAAAGUACAUAACUCUGUUCAACCAAGAAUCACAAGAGUUGGUUCUAAUGGUGGUCCAGGAUCAAACAACAGUUCUUUAUCCAGGUCAUUUACUAUUAGACGCCAUAGCUCAAGAGCAAUGAAACGUCAAAGAAGUGGAACAUCAUCCAAACAUGCUGAUAGAGCUGAAGAAUUCACCUUAUCUGAACUUGCUGCUGCCACAAAUGAUUUCUCACCCGAAAACAAGAUCGGUGCUGGGAGUUUCGGUAUCGUUUACAAAGGUAAGUUAUGGGAUGGUCGCGAGGUAGCCAUUAAACGAGGCGAAACAGGUCAAAAAACCAAGAAAUUCCAAGAGAAAGAGACUGCAUUUGAAUCAGAAUUGGCAUUUUUAUCAAGGCUUCAUCAUAAACAUUUGGUUAGGCUUGUUGGGUAUUGUGAUGAAAAAGAUGAAAGGCUUUUGGUUUAUGAAUACAUGAAGAAUGGUGCUGUUCAUGAUCAUUUACAUGAUAAGAACAAUGUUGUGAAAACUAGUAGUUUGAUCAAUUCUUGGAAAAUGAGGAUCAAAAUCGCUUUGGAUGCAGCUCGAGGGAUCGAAUAUCUUCACAACUAUGCAGUUCCACCUAUAAUCCAUAGAGAUAUAAAGUCAUCCAACAUCUUACUUGAUAUGAAUUGGACAGCAAGAGUUUCAGAUUUCGGACUUUCACUCAUGGAUCCAGAAUCUGACCACAAUUACAAGCCGACGAAGGCCGUCGGAACAGUCGGUUACAUAGACCCCGAGUACUAUGGCUUAAAUGUAUUAACAACAAAGAGCGAUGUUUAUGGACUUGGAGUUGUAAUGCUAGAACUACUUACAGGAAAGAGAGCUAUAUUCAAGAAUGAUGACAAUGGUGGUACCCCAAUAAGCUUAGUGGAUUAUGCAGUGCCUGCAAUUAUGGCAGGUGAAUUGGUUAAGGUUUUGGACCAAAGGGUUGGACCACCAGAGCUUAAUGAAACUGAAGCAGUGGAACUAAUGGCAUAUACUGCAAUGCAUUGUGUGAAUUCUGAAGGUAAAGAAAGACCUAUAAUUGGUGACAUUGUUUCUAAUUUGGAAAGGGCAUUCAAUGUCUGUGAUGGUAGCCAUGGCAGUAUCUCUAGUGGUGCAUUUUCAUUUGUUUCAGAUUGAAAUUUUUUCCUCCUUUUUUUGUUUUUCCAUCAAUGAUUUAUCUAGAUACACAUCAUUUUGUAGUGUAAAGAUUUUUCAUUUUUUUAGGGAUUUUGUGAACAUUGAAAGCAAAGGAUAAGAGAUUAGAUGGUUUAA